GAUUAACACUUGAGUCAGUGGGCUGGGAAAGGGAGACCCAUGCUUAAUCUGGGUGGGCACCAUCUAAUCAGCUGCCAGUGUGGCUAGAAUAUAAACAGGCAGAAAAAUGUGAAAAGGUUAGACUGGCCUAGCCUCCCAGCCUACAUCUUUCUCCUGUGCUGGAUGCUUCCUGCCUUCGAACAUCGGACUCCAAGUUCUUCAGUUUUGGAACUUGGACUGGCUCUCCUUGCUCCUCAGCCUGCAGACGGCCUAUUGUGGGACCUUGUGAUCAUAUGAGCAAGCUGAGACUCAGAAAGGUUAAGUAAUUUCUUUGUUCAUGCUUCCCAGCCAACCAGGGGUGAAGAUCAGGCUUCAAUUUCUGCCUUCUGAUAGCUCCCCUCACCCUCUUAAUGGUUCCCAGGGAGUUUCCCCACAAGUGAUCCUGAGAUCACAGGUCUCCAAAUCCCCAGGGAUGCUGGAUAAAAAUGCAGAUUUCCAGGCUCGGGGCUGAGGAUCAGAAUCUCCAGGAGGAAAGUCUGGAAAUCACCAUUUUUAAACCACUAACCCAGAAAAGUGCCUGGCAAAUGAUUGACUCUCAAUGAAGAUGUGCUGAACGCAAGACUUCAUGAAUGAAGAGGAAAUCUUACUAACAUCUUUUGUAAUAAGGACCCAGGAGUACAAAUGCUUGCCCAGCUGGAGUGAGUGAACUCAAGUCGCCUUUAGGAAUGGCUGAAAAAGCCCACACCUGGAAAUCACUCCCUCCCUGCUCCUCCACGGCAGGUUGCAUCUGGGAGACGCUUCGGUCAUUAGAGGAAUGAGCCGGGAGUGAGCAAUUCACCAGCUCUCCAGCACUUGGUGGAAAGCAGCAGGCAAGGAUGGAUGUGGUUGACAGCCUUCUUGUGAAUGGAAGCAACAUCACUCCUCCCUGCGAACUCGGGCUCGAAAAUGAGACGCUUUUCUGCUUGGAUCAGCCCCGUCCUUCCAAAGAGUGGCAGCCAGCGGUGCAGAUUCUCUUGUACUCCUUGAUAUUCCUGCUCAGCGUGCUGGGAAACACGCUGGUCAUCACCGUGCUGAUUCGGAACAAGCGGAUGCGGACGGUCACCAACAUCUUCCUCCUCUCCCUGGCUGUCAGCGACCUCAUGCUCUGUCUCUUCUGCAUGCCGUUCAACCUCAUCCCCAAUCUGCUCAAGGAUUUCAUCUUCGGGAGCGCCGUUUGCAAGACCACCACCUACUUCAUGGGCACCUCUGUGAGUGUAUCUACCUUUAAUCUGGUAGCCAUAUCUCUAGAGAGAUAUGGUGCGAUUUGCAAACCCUUACAGUCCCGGGUCUGGCAGACAAAAUCCCAUGCUUUGAAGGUGAUUGCUGCUACCUGGUGCCUUUCCUUUACCAUCAUGACUCCGUACCCCAUUUAUAGCAACUUGGUGCCUUUUACCAAAAAUAACAACCAGACCGCGAAUAUGUGCCGCUUUCUACUGCCAAAUGAUGUUAUGCAGCAGUCCUGGCACACAUUCCUGUUACUCAUCCUCUUUCUUAUUCCUGGAAUUGUGAUGAUGGUGGCAUAUGGAUUAAUCUCUUUGGAACUCUACCAGGGAAUAAAAUUUGAGGCUAGCCAGAAGAAGUCUGCUAAAGAAAGGAAACCUAGCACCACCAGCAGCGGCAAAUAUGAGGACAGCGAUGGGUGUUACCUGCAAAAGACCAGGCCCCCGAGGAAGCUGGAGCUCCGGCAGCUGUCCACCGGCAGCAGCAGCAGGGCCAACCGCAUCCGGAGCAACAGCUCCGCAGCCAACCUGAUGGCCAAGAAAAGGGUGAUCCGCAUGCUCAUCGUCAUCGUGGUCCUCUUCUUCCUGUGCUGGAUGCCCAUCUUCAGCGCCAACGCCUGGCGGGCCUACGACACCGCCUCCGCAGAGCGCCGCCUCUCAGGAACCCCCAUUUCCUUCAUCCUCCUCCUGUCCUACACCUCCUCCUGCGUCAACCCCAUCAUCUACUGCUUCAUGAACAAACGCUUCCGCCUCGGCUUCAUGGCCACCUUCCCCUGCUGCCCCAAUCCUGGUCCCCCAGGGGCGAGGGGAGAGGUGGGGGAGGAGGAGGAAGGCAGGACCACAGGAGCCUCUCUGUCCAGGUUCUCGUACAGCCAUAUGAGUGCCUCGGCGCCACCCCAGUGAGAUGUCCCCUGACCCUCCACUGCAGAAGGAAGGCAGGGAGGAGGCAGAGAAGAAAGAACGGAAGAGGAGAUCAGGAAGAGAAGGAAGCAGAGGUGAUGGAGAAGGAAGGCUCCAUCUCCAGUGGGAACUCUUCAAGGUCUGCUUUUCAUCCUUCAUCUGGAUUCCAGAGCACUGCUCCAGUGGGGCCAUGAUUGGUUUCUAGGCAGUUCAAAGCAGGAUAUGUUAAGUAACACUCACCAUCAGAAAAUCCUCAGCAGGCCAGGGACGGGAGUCCAGCAGGGCUCAUACUGCAAAUGGAGUUGCCAAGCACAUGUUCAAAACGGAGAUGUGGGGCCUACUGAGCUUUCAAACCUUCUAGAACAUCCAAGGUGGGCUCUCACUCCUCCUGUGACACAUUUCCAUGCUCUGCUUUUUCUGCUCAUGCAGAAUUGUGGCGGUUGCUCUGCCUGCAGGGAGCCCAUCACCCUAUCAUGUAUCCGCUGUAGCCUUCCACCUCAUUGUGACCACAAAGGGAACAGGAAGCAAACCCUGUCUGGCCAUUUUGUCCCGGGUACGACAGCAGCCUGAUUUCUUCAUCUUCAGGUUGGCCAAGAACAUUCGGAAUCAUAAGCUAGUUGUCAUCAGAAUAGCAUAAGCAAUGUCUGAAAGAUGGAAGUUUGAACUUAAUACUUACUUCUUUUCUUUUCUUUUCUUUUCUUUUUUUUUUUUGAGACUGGGUCUGGCUCUGUCACCCAGGCUGAAAUGCAGUGGUGCCAUCUCAGCUUAUUGCAAACUCUGCCUCCUGGGCUCAGGUGAUCCUCCCACCUCAGCCUCCAUAGUAGCUGGGAUUACAGGCAUGUGCUACCAUCUGGCUAGCUGUUUGUUUGUUUGUUUGUUUGUUUGUCUGUAGUUUGUUUUGUAAAGAUGGGGUUUCACUAUGUUGCCCAGGCUGGUCUCAAACUCCUGGGCUCAAGUGAUCCUCCCACCUUGGCCUCCCAAAGUGCUCGGAUUAUAGGCAUGACCCACCACACCCAGCCUUGAAUUUAGCAUUUCUAAAGAGAAAAGAGUACAAGGCAAAUAGCUGGAUGGAAUGCUAUCUUACUUUAAGGAAUGUUAAGUGGCAGAAGGUGCAUGGGAAUAUUUUUUCUAUUUUAAUGAUAUAUAUUACUUAAUUUCUCCUUUAUAUGGUGAUAUUAAACCUCACGACUUCUUUGCCU